AUGAACACCGCACCGCCUUCUUCAUCCAACACAUCGAAGAAUUACGUGUCCAUCGAGGACAUGGAAUGCGCGACUUUGUUGCCCCGUAAAGAUGAUUCGAUGAUUGGAAAAAAGAAUCCAUCCAACGCUGUCUCGCUGAAGAACGUGGCGUACGGUCUCGGGAUCGUCGCGUUGGCGUGCUCGGGCUCGUUCGUGGCCGGGAGAUCCGCCGCGCAAUAUAAGUUAUCCGGUGGUACUUCUCAACUCGGCGUGGCGAGAUUAGGUUCGAAAGCGUCUUCGGUGAAGCAUUCCACCGCGCACAGCGCAGCCGCGGCCAAAAAAGCCAAGACUUCUCUGGCGAACGUUGGCGAAGACGAAGACAUUAAAGCGUCUUCUGUCGAAGAAACCACACAACCGGCGGAUCCAGACACCAUGACCAAAGAGGAAAUGGCCGAGGAAAUCAAACAACUGAGAGGAUACAUGACCUCCUUAGUCGGCGACGACGAUCAAGAGGUAUAA